AUGACUCCUGAGGGCUGCUCCGACGAUGUCGACUCGAACGCCGACUCAGACCCCGCCAUCGACGACUCCGAAGCCAGCUCCUCCGAUGGCGGCGAAGAAGCCAUGGAUCGACUGCGCCAAGUCGUCAACCUCCUCGAAAAUUGUGCACCCAACCAUCUACAGCUGGAGUAUGACACAAUGCAAGCCAAACGUCAAGCGAUCAUGUCGUCGAACCGCCUCUGGUCGGCGGAAGAGAAAGCCGACUACGGCAAGGGCCGCUGA